AUGGAAGAGGGUGUAGUCGGGGCCAUCAAGAAUCUCGCGGCACCGGUAAUGCAGGUGAAGGUGGCACCGGUCAGGCGGAGUAAGUCCCAGUCCUCUCAGGUGGAGAUCACAUGGAAUAACCUGACGUAUUGUGUGAAAAGACGGCGGACCAUGAAAGAGAUGAUUGGUAAGGGCGAUGGCACCAGUAGGCUCAAGACUAUACUCAAUGGCGUAAGCGGCUCGUUUCGUAGUGGACAGUUGGUGGCACUGAUGGGUCCGUCGGGCGCUGGAAAGUCCACUCUUUUGGAGUGCAUUUCAGGCAAACGCACGAUCGGAGUGUCCGGCGAUAUCCGGUUCGGUGGCAAAGAUCGACUUAAAGUGGGUUUUGUGGAGCAAUUUGACUACCAUUUGGAGCACCUGUCGGUCGCAGAAUCGCUGGUAUUCGCGUCACGGCUGCGAAACGCCGACAAACACUACGUCAACCACAAGUCAAUCGCCGACAGUCUCAUCAAAAAGCUGGGACUCGAUGUCUGCGCCAACACUUUGGCCAUUCGGUGCAGCGGUGGUCAACGCAAACGGCUGUCCAUUGCCUUAGAACUGGUCAGUCGUGUAGAUGUGCUGAUUCUGGACGAGCCGACCACUGGUUUGGACAGUUCGGCCACCAGUCAGACCGUGAAGGCGAUGCUGUCUCUGACCAAAGGCCGUAAACCGAUCGCAACGGUGGCCACCAUUCAUCAACCCAGCGCUAAGAUGUUUCAUCUGUUCGAUAGGGUGUAUGUGUUGUCCAACACCGGGGUCUGUGUGUAUGACGGCCCGCCUCAAGACGUCACUCAAACCCUAUCACUAAUUGGGCUAACUAUUCCCCUAUACUACAACCCUGCUGAUUUUAUAAUAGAGGUGGCGUCCGGCGAUUAUGCCAAACAAAAAUCAAAUCGUACAAAGUUUGACAAUAUGUCAUCUGAGGGCUACACCACUGUCAUCAACGCCAUCGAAGUUGAGAAGUCUAAGCGAUCCAGCGAAAUUGGCAAAGCAUCAGGGUGUCCACCAUCCAAACUAAUGCUGUGGAAACUGGAUAUAAACAAAUUGUUUGAGAAGUUCCAGGAGGAGAGAUACGAGUUGCAGGAAAAUUUGCUUGACACUUAUUAUAGGCUAUUCCUUAUAAAUCUCAUCAAUUCGUUGGUCGGCCUUUCAGGACAAACCAUCGUUGUUUUGCCACUAUUUAUAUUCGCCGGCUUUUUCCGCAAGCUAUCUCUAAUGCCCGUAUACUUCAUACCAAUAAGUUAUGUAUCAUUUUUCCGCUACUCGCUGACGGCGACCCUAAUCGCUACGUUCGGUCUCAACCGUUGCCAUCACGAGCACUGGUUGGCGGAGAUGGAGUUGGAUGUGUCUAACCUGACACGACCGCAAUGGAUUAAAUCCAUGUCGGUUAUGCUGGAGUACCAGUCAUUUAUGGGCGGCGCAGACAAGUCGACGGAAGUGGUGGACACAUCGGCCCGGAGUGAGCCCGAGGAGCAACUGAUGCUCAUGUUUGGCGGCGCCAACGCUGUCGGGAACAACACCGACAGGUCUCUCAUAUUGUCUCAGUUCGAGAUCGACGACUCCGAUGAGUCCCUUUGGCAUGAAAUCAAUUUACUCGUCUUUUUCGUGUCGGUUAUGUAUCUAUUAGUCUACGCUCUUCUCAAUUGGAAAGUGGGCCGAAAACGAUGA